ACGUAGAUGAGAUCAGCUGUUACCGGCCAUGGACUUGACGGACGAAGAUCUUACGAUUCCACCGGUUAAAUACGAAUAUCUCGAUCACACGGCCGACGUACAAUUACAUGCCUGGGGAGAAAGUUUGGAGGAAGCAUUCGAACAAUGUGCAAUAGCGAUGUAUGGAUAUAUGACAGAUCUACGUCGUGUCGAGAUAACAGAUAUUCUUAAUGUAGAAGUUGAAGGACACGAUAUUCAGAGUCUGUUAUUUCAAUUUUUAAACGAACUAUUAUUUGCCUUCAGUGCCGAGUCAUUCCUUGUCGCUAAGAAAGUCAAAAUCAACGAAUUCGAUCGUGUAAACUUCAAAAUCAAAGCGACCCUUUACGGCGAAGAAUUCAACAUACGUAAACAUAGUCAAGAAGCUGAAGUAAAGGCGAUCACUUAUUCAGCUAUGCAGAUAUUAGAUCAACCUGACGUCGAACGUCCUGAGGUUUUCGUCAUCGUUGACAUAUAAUAACAAUAAUAAUAACAAUAACAAUAAUAAUAAUAGACGGAAAUGAAGAGAAUUGUGCAAUUUGGAAACAUUUGUCCAUUCCAUUGUUUCUACUAAUUGCAUCAUCUCUUUCUCUCUUUCUAUAUCUUUAUCUUUAUUUAUCAAUCUGCCUAUCUCUCUCUCUUUCUCUUUCUCUCUCUUAUAAAAUAACAAUGAAUCGAUUAAAAAUAUUCCAGACUAUGUUGACAUCUUCAAAAGAAAUUGAUCAAAGAUUUAGGAUAAAAUAAUACAAAAAUUAGUAAUACAUUUAAGUCAAAUUAACAAUAUGUUUUGAAGAAUUAAAAAGGGAAAAAAGAAAAAAAAAAAAAAAA